AUCUUGAAUGUUCGCACACCCAGAACAUAGGUACCAGACAUGAUUUCCGAACACUUGUCCAAUUACGCGACCGGGUACCUCAUGAUUUUCACCGCCGCCCCGCGACCGAGCCCCGUUAUUGGGAAGGCGUGAUCGUAUGUACCACGCCCUUACUUUGCAGGUGAGGUGAGGUGGUGGACAUGGGUCUCGAGCAGUUAGCCAGCAGCUCACCCUCGUCAAAGGGUUCUGCUUUUAGUUGUCCAUCAUGGCUACGAUGUCUAGUUUUAAGCGUUUCGAGAGGGUAGACAGCGUUAUCAUGACAUGGAUCGAGUCAGCAAGAGUACGAUUCGGGAUGUAGUCUUCCGAGGCCCCAUCUUCGGCGUGCUGCUCGCCCUAUGGCUCCUCUCGGGUGUGUCGAUCGCGGCGUGGCUGUGCUACUCGCGGCACUCCUCGUACCAAACCGACCGCCGUCAGCACCUCGACACGUGGUGCUACGAGCGCGCCAUGCUGUUCGAGCAGCAUACACUCACGACCGUCAGCCAGAUUCGAACCUUUGCGGGGCUGGCGUCCGUGAUGGGGAAGCCCAAGAUGGGCGGCGGCAACUGGACGUGGGACAAGUGCUUCACGAGCCAGCGCUGGGACGCGUACGUCAACAAGACGGGGUACUCAAGACCGGGAAACACGGGCGCGCUGCUGUGCCUCUUUGUCACCGACAAGGAACGACCUGCCUUUGAGCGGCAGUACGGCGGGCCGAUCCGUGACUUGGCAGGAAUGCCCCAGCAGCACCACCCGUUCUACUGCGUGAAGACAAUUGACAUCCACUACUACCGGAGCUCCAUCCCCCUCGUGGACCUCGUGCCACGUAUCUCGAGCGAGCUCGCCUUUCUGAGAAGGACGGGGGAGGUCGGGUAUAGCGGCGUCACUCCGAUUGGGAAUCUCAGCUACAACCUCACCGGUGUUGCGGUGGGCUUCCCCAUCCUGCAGUAUCCACUGCCGCCGAGCCCAACGGAGCAGCAGCUGGAGGACGACGUGAUUGGGACUGCUGGGGCCGUUGUGGAUAUGACCUCCAUCGCUAAGAACGUGCUGCAGAAGGUGUUCAGCCCAGACCCCUCCAUCGCAUUUGAGGUCUAUGACACCACAGACCCCAAUGCCCUGACCAUGAUUUACGGCCCGGGCCCAAGGCUCAUUUACUAUAAAGAGAACGACAAACACCCUUCACUGCUAUGUCGCCUGAGAACAUCACGCGGCCGUGGGAGGAGCGGGCAGUUGUGCCGAUGGAGCUGCUUGGCGGUCGCUUGCGGCAAUACGCGGUUUGGUGCCGGUGAUUAUGCUGAGCCCGCAAGUGCAUGGAACUCUUGGGGCGUGCCCUUCCUCUGGCUGUUACUGGCUCUUGCGAUGACCGCAUUGAUAGCAGCCGUGGCAUGGCAGCAGCGCAUGGGUUACCUGCGGAGUCAGGAAGGAAUUGCCACGGCUGAUAGACUCCGGGCGAACGCGAGAGCAGCAGAGCAGUCGAAGAGCUCGUUUGUGGCGUCCAUGUCGCAUGAGCUGCGCACCCCUAUGAUCGGCAUCGUGGGCAUGUUGGACGCCCUGGCUGACAUGGGGCUCUCCGCCUCCCAGGUGGAGGUCGUGAGUGCGGCGCGCGCAUCAGCGCACGACACCGUGCGCCUCGUCAACCGCGUGCUCGACCUCUCCAAGCUCGAGGCCAGGAAGAUGGCCCUCAGCUGCGUGCGCUUUGAGCCCCAGGCGUGGCUGGAGAGCGUUCUUGUGGAGGACUGCUGGAAGGCUCGGCACAAGAGAAUUGAGAUGGUGGGCGUGGUGGAUGUGAACGUGCCUGUGGUGUUGGAGAUGGACACCAUGAGACUCACACAGGCGCUCAAAGAGCUCAUAGAAAACGCUAUCCAAUGCACGAAAAGCGGGCAUGCGUUGGUGCGCCUGUCAGUCUGCUCUGCCUCCAUCACCCUUGAGAGCGCCCUCGAGCACCUAAAUGCCGCAGACGCCCCACUCCAGCCCGCGCCCCCUCCUCCUCCUCCCUCUCUCCUCUCCUGCAUCACCCGCCUGCCCACCCACCUAGUGCGCUUCACGAGUGCCCUCUUCACGCCUUGCCAGGAGGGGCCGUUUUCGGAUCAGAGCACUGAGAGUGAGGAGCUGUCAGCGUGGGGGGAUGCAGAAGCAGCUGCGGCUGUUCUGGGGGAGUCUGAGAGUGUGAGGGGGCGCAGGGAGGAGGAGGGAGAGGGUGGUUCUUCUCAGGCUGGUUCUCAGGGUGAUUGUGAGGGGGGAAGUGGGGGGAGUGGGUGUGGGGAGAGGAUGCAGCUGGUGGUUUCAUGUGAGGACACGGGGUGCGGCAUCGAUGAGGCGAAGCACGGAGAGCUGUUUGAGUUCAAGGGACGAUCGGAGAGUGGAGGAGCGGGGCUGGGUCUUGUCCUCACACACCAUCUGGCAUCCCUCAUGGGUGGUCGUAUCGCCUGCUUGUCUCAUCCGGGCAUCGGCUCCACCUUCGCAUUCUCCAUCCCCUUCACUGCGCCCCCCUCCGCCCCUCACACUUCUGCCGCUUCUGCUGCUCGCCCUCGCACUGCUGGCUUGGAGGGAGUAGCUGUUGGCGUGGUGGGGUCUGAUGCAUGCAGGAUGGAGCUGACGGCUCGCAUGUUAUCGGGUCUCGGAGCACAAGUGCACCUGCUGCCAAUCCUCAGCAGCAAGACGCAGGGAGGGAGAGAGGGAGGAGAGGGCGAGCGAGGGAGAGAGGGAGAAGGCGAGGGGGGGAUGGGGGAGAAAGUCAAAAUGAGAGAGGGGAUGAUUGAGAGUAUACCACGGGUGGUGGUGGUUGAGGAGGGGGAUAUAUGGAGGCAGCAAAGUCAGGAAGGGGGAGAGGUUGCUUGUAGUGGUGCGUGUGACAGUAAUGGGACUGGUCAACAGUGUGAAGGGAAUCGGUUGUGGAGGGGGCACGGGGGAGGGAUGAGGAUGGGUGGGGUGGCGCUGGUGCCGGCAGGGGCAGCAGCAUGGGCCGCAGCCGUGCAGGUCGUGAGGCGAGUGGAAGGGAUGACAUGCGGUGGACAGGUGGCCGGGGUGGUCGUUCUUGCGGGCUGCUGUAGUGGCGAGGAGAUGGUUGGAGAGGGGGAGGAGGAAGAGGACGAGGAGGAGGGAGACUCACCAUUUACAGCUGCUACUGCCUGUGGUGCCUCCUCUCCCCGUGUGAUCAUCUGCCGCCGCCUGCUGCUCUCUCACCAUCUGCACCACGCCGUUCAGGCAGCAGCAUUUGGACUCGACACCAGCAGAAGCUGUGAGAGGCAGAGCAGCCCGUCCCAUUGCAGCAGAGCCUGUGAGCGACACAGCAGCUGUGAGCCUCUCGCUCGAUUGGACCAGGAAGAGCGCAGAGAAGGGAGCAGAGAAGGGAGUUUGGAAGAGCAUCAUUCCUCCACGUGUUGGAGUGUGGAGAGCAGGGGUGGGGAGCAGCAGAGCAGCAGCGAGCGGCAUGCUACCAGGUUCGCAAAAAGUGAUGGGAUGGUCAGCACAAGUAACGGAGAGGCAAGGCAGGGGGUCAUUGCCCACGGUGAUGCCAGUAAUGGUGAUUUGAAUGGGAGAAGUCUAAGGCUGAUGGCAGCAAAGGGCGUAGAUGGUCUUAGUGCAGCAGCCGAUGAUACUUCCAUAAGCAGAAGCAGCAGCUCCAGAAGCAGCAGUUUCAGGAGCAGCAAACAGGCGGCAGCAGCACCGCUGGCAGGAGCUGCUGUGUGUUCGGUGGCAGCAAAUGCCGGGGCGAAUGCAGUACUGCAGGGGCUGGGCGUGCUGGUGGUGGACGACACGAGCGUGAACCUGGUGGUGGCCCGCCGCACUCUGAGUCGAUGCGGCGCCGCUGUGGCCACGGCAGGCAGCGGGGAGGAUGCAGUGAGGCACGUGAAGGAGGCCAUGGGGGGAGCGGGGGAGGCGCUGGAUGUGGUGCUGAUGGACCUGCAGAUGCCAGGCAUGGACGGGUUCAUGGCAACUGAGGCCAUACGAACCCAUGAGAAAGCCGCAGCCCUUCAGGUCGCAUCAACAUCCGCAGCAGUAUCAGCAUCAGCAUCAGCAUCAGCAUCAGAAGCGACCAUAGGAGUGAUUGAAAUUGGAGGAACAGGCAUGGAGGCUGCCAUCUGUGCCGCUGCCCCUCCAGUCUCCGCGGUCCCGCGGGUGCCCAUAGUGGCGCUGACAGCAGAUGUGGACGAGGAGAUUACUCGGCGCUGCCUUGCGAAUGGCUUUGAUGGCAUUCUGCAGAAGCCAGUUGACCCCAAGCUGCUCUCGCACCUGCUGCUGCGGAUUAAUUAUAGCAGGCCCUAUCAGAAAGAGAAUCAUUUGAACUAGAAUGUGUGUGUACAAGGAUAUAUAGACUAGGGUGUUGUACCCUCUAAGGCACAAUCCAGUAUAGUCUACAGUAACGA